AGUGUUUGCAUUGAAAAGAGAGGAGGUGCUAUUUUGAUUGAUAUUUCAGUUGCAGUAUAUAAAGCAGAGGAAUUCUUCUCACCCUCUGCUUGUCAUACUGAUCUGCACACUCUCUCAGCUGGACUUGGGGCUACUACUUACUGCAUCUGAAAGGCUGAAACUCCCUAGGAAUAAAGAAACUUCAUAACAAUGCCGGAACCCACCAAGAAAGAUGAGACUGAAACUGAAAAUGCUCUACCGCCUCCAGAACAAAAAAUACCACAGGAUGGUGGAACUGAAAAGGGUAAAGAUGAAGAUGACACAGUUAGCACACCACCAGCAGAUGGGAUGUCUAAGGCAGCGGAAAGAAAGGAUUCAGUAUGGUCUAUUGGAGAAAGCGCUCCAGAAGAGACAGAAAAACGUGAUGACUCCCAAAGAUCCACUUUAUUCAUUGAAAAACCUCAGAGUGGUUCAGUGAGCGUUGGUGGGAAUAUUACAUUUAUAGCCAAAGUAGAAGCCAAAGAUCUUCUCCGAAAGCCAAACGUUAAGUGGUUUAAAGGAAAAUGGAUGGACCUGGCCAGCAAAGCAGGGAAGCACCUGCAGCUGAAGGAGUCAUUUGAGCGUCACACAAAGAUACACACAUUUGAGAUGCAUAUCAUUCAAGCUAAGGAGAAUUAUGCAGGGAACUAUCGCUGUGAGGUUUCUUAUAAGGACAAGUUUGACAGUUGCUCUUUUGACCUUGAAGUCACUGAAUCCUCUCAAGCUGCUCCAUCCAUUGACAUCAGAUCUGCUUUCAAAAGAAGCGGUGAUGGACAAGACGAUGCAGGAGAACUUGACUUUAGUGGUCUCCUGAAACGUAGGGAGGUCAAACAGCAAGAAGAAGAACCUGAGGUGGAUGUAUGGGAGCUCCUGAAGAAUGCCAAUCCCAGUGAAUACGAGAAGAUUGCUUUUCAGUAUGGUAUCACUGACCUGAGAGGCAUGUUAAAGCGUCUGAAGCGCAUGAAAAGAGAGGUGAAGAAGAGUGCAGCAUUUUCCAAAGGACUUGAUCCUGCAUAUCAGGUGGAUAAAGGAGGCAAAGUUAGGUUCAUGGUAGAGCUAGCAGAUCCAACAGUGGAACUCAAAUGGUAUAAAAAUGGCCAAGAAAUACGACCAAGUGCAAAAUACAUUUUUGAGCACAAAGGUAACCAGCGAAUUUUGUUCAUCAAUAACUGUACGAUGACAGAUGACGCUCGCUAUUACGUAACAGCUGGUGAUGAGAAAUGCUCCACAGAACUGUUUGUGAGAGAUCCUCCAAUUUUGGUGACCAAAGGCCUGGAGGAUACCAGUACCUAUGUUGGUGAACGUGUAGAACUGAGUUGUGAAGUAUCUGAGGAUGAUGCAAAUGUUAAAUGGUUUAAGAAUGGUGUAGAGCUUACCAAUGAACCUAAAUCUCGGUAUCGAAUCAAGGUUGAGGGUAAAAAACACACUUUGAUUAUAGAGGAGGCUGCAAAAAAUGACAACGCAACUUACUCAGUAAUGACAACAGGAGGCCAAUCAGAAGCUAAGCUUUCUGUUGAUUUGAGACCACUGAAGAUUUCGCUUGCACUAGAAGACCAGACAGUGAGACUUGGACAGGAAAUCCACCUGAAAUGUGAGAUAUCUGAGAAUGUGGAAGGGAAAUGGUACAAAAAUGGACAACUGAUUGAAGCUAGUGACCGUGUGAAGCUUUACCAUAAAGGAAGAAUCCACAGAUUUAUUAUAGCAAGUGCUGCUGUUGAUGAUGAGGGUGAAUACAUGUUUGUACCAGAUGCUUACAAUAUUAAUAUUCCAUGCAAAGUACAUGUUGUGGAUCCUCCUAAACUUCACCUUGAUGGUCUUGGAGAAAAUAACACUGUGACAGUAGUGGCAGGAACCAAACUACGACUUGAGAUCCCUAUCACUGGCGAGCCAACACCAAAAGUCAUGUGGAGUAAAGGGGAUAAGUGGAUCACAGACAGUGGAAGAAUACGUGCAGAAACAUAUUCAGACAGCAGCUGCCUGGUCAUUGACACAGCUGAGAGAGAAGAUUCAGGUCCUUUCAGAAUAACAUUAAAGAAUGAAGCUGGGGAGGACUCAGCCCUUAUCAACAUAAAAGUAGUUGAUGUGCCUGAUCCUCCUCAGGCACCAAAUGUGACUGAGGUGGGUGAAGACUGGUGUGUUAUGACAUGGGAACCUCCAGCAAAUGAUGGUGGAUCACCCAUCUUAGGAUAUUUCAUUGAAAGGAAAAAGAAACAAAGCUCACGGUGGAUGAGGCUGAAUUUUGAAUUGUGUAAAGAAACAACCUUUGAGCCAAAGAAGAUGAUUGAAGGUGUUGCUUAUGAGGUCCGUGUAUUUGCUGUUAAUGCAAUAGGCACUUCCAAACCAAGUAUGCCUUCAAAGUCUUUUGUUCCUUUAGCUGUUACCAGUCCACCAACUCUCCUGGCAGUGGAUUCAGUAACCGACACCUCAGUGACGAUGAGAUGGAGGCCACCAGACCACAUUGGAGCAGCAGGUUUAGAUGGCUAUGUUGUAGAGUACUGCUUUGAAGGAACUGAUGAAUGGAUCGUCGCUAACCCAGAACUGACAGACAAAACAAAGUUUACAAUCAACGGUCUGCCGACUGGCUCAAAAAUCCUUGUGCGAGUAAAAGCGGUGAAUGCUGCAGGUGAAAGUGAACCUAGGUACCACCCACAGCCUAUCUUAGUCAAGGAAGUGAUAGAACCUCCAAAGAUUCGCCUACCAAGACACUUAAAACAAACCUAUACUAGAAGAGUUGGAGAAACUGUAAAUCUUGUUAUUCCUUUCCAGGGAAGACCAAGGGCAAAAGUAUCAUGGCAGAAAAAUGGUUCUCCAAUAGACAAGAACCAAAUCAACAUCCGCAACACUGAGAACGACACCAUUAUUUUUAUCCGAAAGGCAGAAAGGAGCCACUCUGGAGAAUAUGACAUGAAAGUGGAAGUAGAAAAUUUGGUGGAUAAAGCUACAAUAGAUAUUCAAAUUGUUGAUCGCCCAGGCCCACCAGAGGUUGUAACUAUUGAGGACGUCUGGGGAGAGAAUGUAAAUUUAUCAUGGAAGCCACCAAAAGAUGAUGGCAAUGCUGCCAUUACUGGGUACACUAUUCAAAAAGCAGAUAAGAAGAGUAUGGAAUGGUUCACGGUAAUCGAGCACUACCACCGCACCAGUGCCACCAUUAAUGAGCUCGUCAUAGGAAACGAGUACUACUUCCGAGUCUUCUCUGAAAACAUGUGCGGCCUCAGUGAGGAUGCAACAAUGACCAAAGAGAGUGCCUUGAUUGCAAAAGAUGGUAAAGUCUACAAAUACCCAGUUUACGACGACUUUGACUUCACUGAACGACCACUGUUUACUCAGCCUCUAGUUAACACGUUUGCUGUAGCUGGUUACAAUGCUACUUUGAACUGCAGCGUUCGGGGCAACCCCAAGCCCAAAAUAACCUGGCUGAAAAACAAGGUUGCUAUACUGAAUGACCCAAGGUACCGAAUGUUCGGCAACCAAGGUGUCUGCACCUUGGAGAUCCGCAAACCCAGUCCAUAUGAUGGAGGCACUUACACUUGCAGAGCUGUCAAUGAACUUGGAGAGGCAGAAGUUGAUUGCAAACUGGAAGUAAAAGUGAUAUAUCAAGGAGUAAUUAAUCCAGGAGAACCAAUCUUCAUGGCGGGGAAUAAGCAGUUACAGAAUAAGGAUUUUUGAAUGUAUAUUGUCAUCUAAGGUGGGCUUUCGUUCUUCAAACUAUUAAUGGAUGGAGUGCCUCCGCAUAUCAUUGAUUCAUAUAUGCGCGAAGUACAGGCAGACAAAACUGAGGGGAAGUGAGAGUCCGACCGCAGUGCUUCCUGCCACCGCGCUGGGAAUGGGCAGCCAGAGUUACAGCAUUUUAGUCCUUGCAACAACAGAACAAACGUGUGGCUGGAGAUUUUCUUUUCUUCUUGUUUUUUUGUUUUUUUUUUUUUUUUUCCCCCUCAUUUGUCGCUCUGUUUUCCCUGCCUGCUCUUACUGAAAAGAAAGAAUACGCAUGGAUUGCUUUGGGAUUGAAAUGAAAUGAACUGAAGACAACACACUCUUUGUAAUGUUCAGCUUUAUUUUCUGUUUGAUAUUGUGUUUUGAUUUUUUUUUAAUGAGGAAAGAGGAGAAGCUGUGUACGAGGAGGCAGUCAGUUUGUACUGGGUGGUACAAUGCAAACCUUUCGCAGACUGAAGGUACAAGGAUUUGUCAGUAGAUGUGCAAUAAGACCUUUGGAAUACAUACCUCUUUGAUAAUGUAUCUUAUCCAUCUGAGAAUUGCUUAACAGAAUAUGGUUUUACUAGAAAGUAAUUAAUUCACAUGUACUUAAUGAUCACUUAAUCUGAACAUAUCUUCCUUUAGAAGUUUUGAUUUCCUAAAUCCAACUCACCAGUCUCUCAACUGAACUGAAAUUGUUUUAUUUAAUGUACAAUAAAUAUGA